UUGGGUCCCCUGACAUCGCUCUCGCUCCGCUAUGCAUUAGAGCCAUUCAUGGAGCGAGCUUAUGGACGAGAGACCCGAGGCGCGUCUCUACAUGUCAACAAGCCGUACGUGAUUCCCUGUCUUGAUUUCUAAAUUACAAACCGACAACCUGUCACCUUAGCAUCGACCUGGCAUCCGCCGCCUCAGGAGAUCAUGGCGGCGCGCGCAGCCAGCGCGGAGACCUGCAAUCAUUCAGCGACUAUACCCCAGCCAGCCGAGUGGGCCGAGGAAGUUGAGCGAUUCGCCUCGCCCCGGGGUAUUUGCAGCGUGAGCAACAGCAGGGUCAAGUCGGGUCAGGUCGACCAGUACAGCUGGGGUCAUCUGGCCGAUGUGUCCAAAGACCCAUUCAUUAUUACCUACAAUCAUCUUCGCAAUGCCCGACGACGGCUUGCGGCUGCAUUCCAGCAGGGGCCGAGGUUCUGCUCUGCUGGAUUUGAGCUUUGCCCCUUUUGUCUGUUGGAAGUGGAAGGCAAAACGACGCAGGCGAACCGAGCCACAUGCCAAGUUUCGAUUCUCCGCCCAUCGAAGGAAGUAUCGCUUCCUCUUCAUACGUUCUACGUUCAAGAUAGACUUCUCGGUUGGAGAUCAAGCUCCAAGCAUCGAACACAGCUUGAAAGAUCAGCAAGAUAGCCUGGAAGCUGUACAAAAACCCGACCCAGGCCUUGUGGGAUUAUAUCUGUAGGCGAUUCCCAGCUUCUUUGGAGAAGUCCCAGAGAGAGCUAAUUAGGGAAAGAAGGCCGAA